AUGAGGAUUUUAGACAGAUAUCGUGUAUUGCUCUGCACAUGUGUUAUCUCGCUAGGAGCCAUUGUCAUUGGAGUUGACAGUGGCAUCAUCGGGACGACUCUUGGACAACCAUCCUUCUUCUUGUACAUCUUCAAGCCCGGAGACAACCAGACAGCUUUGAUUGGAGCCAUGGUUUCAACCUACUAUGUGGGCAACUGCCUUGGCGCCGUGAUAUCUGGUAUUUGCCUCGAGAAGUUUGGUCGGAAGUACACACUCAUAGCCUCAACCUUUGGCACCAUUAUUGGGGCCGCAAUACAAACCGGUGCCAUCAACGCAGGCAUGAUGAUUGGCGGUCGACUGUUUGCUGGCCUUGCCGUGGGCAUCUUAAUUCCUGUUAUGCCAACUUACAUCUCGGAGCUCGCUCGACCGACAGAAAGAGGGCGGCUGAUUGGAAUUAUGGGUAUGGGUGUUGCCGUUGGGUUCUUACUCGCAAACUGGGUUGGCUACGGCUGCUAUUUUGCAAAGGGUGAUGUAGCCUGGCGUGUAGCGCUUGCGAUGCAGAUACCACCGGGACUGGCCUUAUUGAUUUUCAGCUUGUUCCUCCCGGAGUCCCCCCGAUGGCUCAUAUCCCAAGAUCGCGGUCAGGAGGCGGAGGCUGUACUACAUCAACUAUAUCCUGAACAAGACGAGAAUGAGAUCCAGAUUACGCUUCUAAGCAUCCAGGAACAGGUGCAAUUUGAAGCCCAACAACGGUCGAAUGUCAGCCUUGGUCAUGCAUUCUUGGAACUCUUCAGCAGAAAGUAUAUCAAGAGAACACUUUUGGCCAUCGCCGUUAUUCACAUUCUCCCACUAAGCGGGGCAAGUGUGGUACAGAACUACCAAGUUCUUCUCUACCAAGGACUCGGCUACUCCGGAGAGCAAAUUUUACUGAUCAGCGGUUGCUACGGCUUCAUGGGAGUCAUUGGCCAGGCAAUUAACAUGUUAUUUGUAGCAGACAAGUGGCCGAGAGUGCGUACAAUGUGGGUCGGGUGUCUUGUCACCGUAGUCAUGCUUGUGUUGAUUUUGGUUCUAUCACGCUUCUAUGGGGACGGUAGUAAUAUCAACGGGGCUCGAGCCGGGAUUGCAUUCAUAUUUUUAUACUCUGGGCAGUUUGCUGUCUUUUUCAACUCAACCAUUUUCGGACUUCUUGCGGAACUAUUCCCGCUUCACCUUCGCGGCUACGGGGUGUCCAUAGCCGGAGUAACACAAAGUAUCACCAUCAUCUGGUUAUCUCAGAUCACGCCAAUUGCUUUCGCGGCCUUGACAUGGAAGCUUUAUCUGAUCUUUAUUGCGGCAAUUAUAGUUCUAGGCGCUAUAUAUCGUAUCUGGCUGGUGGAAACUAGCAAUCUCACUUUGGAGGAGAUUGCCGACUCCUUUGGCGAUAAUGUUCUAGAUAUUUCGGGGAAGACCGAGAAAGUUGCAGCUAUUGAGGCUGACCAGGUCAAAGUCAAGUAG